UGUCAAGUCGAACGACAUAAACUUUAAUUAACCUAAUGAAAGUCAAAAUGCAGCCCAGUUUUGAGGAUAUGUGGAAGAGCUUAUCUCCCCCUACUAUUGGUCAAGACCACAAGAGUAUUUUGUCCACUUUGGAACCCUAUCGUGUGCCCUACGAGGUGUCAAUGGGAACUGAGCCCAGAAUGGUGAGAGCUUACAAGUUGGCGCAUACCUGGAACGUCUAUGAAGCUUCCUUUGACAUGCUAAUGAUUGGCUCAAGAAAUAUCUGCAGAAAGUGCUUGUUGCAUACCAAAGUCUGCCACACCAUCGGGUUUACUUUAAAGCAGCGUGAGGCAGAGCUGAGAGAGCAGGCCAGGCUGGCAGAUAAGACAAAUGCACGAAGCCUAUAAUCUUUCUUCUAUAUCAUAAUUUUAUUUUAAUAAAUGCGCAA